GGGCCGAGCGCCGCACCAGUGUGAGCCCCCACCCUCCUGGAGCCGGCUGGCGGGUGCGCUCCCGCUCGGGCUCCCUGUCUCGGGCUUGUCCUUGGACUUUCGCUCACCCUCUGGGGCAGGAGGGGCUGGGCCGGCCACCCAGGGCCACGGAUGGGGGCUUGGUGCUCAGCAUGUGCCCGGCACAGUCUGCCCCGUGCUAAGGCAGCGCGUGGGGGCCGGGGGUGGUGCCGGCCUGAGUUCCCCUUUUGUCUGAGACACGCGCUGUCCACGCCGGGCCCCUGGGAGACCCACGUUCUCAGCCUACCCUGCUGCGGCCCUGGCAGCAGAGGAGGGAGGGGACAGGGCAUUGCUCGGGAGUCAGGCCAGCUGGGCUCCGGCUGGCCCUGCUGCCCUUAGCUGUGGGGUCUCACUCUAUGGCACCGACGCGCGGGGCUCGGCGCCCUCCUCUGUGCACUGGGAGAGGCCCCUCCUCCCGCGCAAGCCAGGCCGCGCCAGGCUCUGCGGCUCUGAGGUCCUGAGGCAUGAACCCUACCACCCUUCGGCUCCCAGAACACAGUCCCUCCGCAGGGGGUGUUUGGGACUGGGCCUGGCCUGGUCACCGGGCCACCGGCCCUCCUCUCUCAGCCCCAGGCGUGGCGACAGCCACCCCCCUGGCCUCCAGCAGGCCCUGGGUGGGAAGCUCUUAGGGAUCCCAAGGAGUGGCUUCCGCAGGCCCUCAGGAGGCAAUGGGCUGGCUGCAGAGUGGGCGUGGCCCCUGCCGUCCCUGUGUGCGUCCCCUCUGCAGCCGUAGCUCUGGUGGUGGCAUCUCCCCGCUCCCCUGGCGGAUGCCUUAUCUGCUUGUCCAGCUGAGACUCGCGUCCCUGAAUUAAAGGACGUCUUGUGCUGCCAUGGUGUGGGGUGACUGCUGCCCCGUGGGGUGGGGCCUCCAGCACGCCCGCGUCUCCCACCCCUCUGACUAGUUGGGUGUCUGGAAUACUCUUCUGUUUAUUGUCACAUGUGAAUUGCUGUGGAAGAAACAGCAGGAGGCCCCAGGGCUGACAUCCCCUGUGGGGUGGGAGGAGCCGGGGUGGGGUCCUGUUGCCCCAUUCCUGUCCUGACACCGUGCCUGACUCUCGGGUGCCCCAGGCCAGGCCCUUCCCCUCUCUGGGCCUCAGAUUCCCGGGGCUGGACCAGAGGGUCCCCAGGUACCUGCUGCCCAGACACGCUCUCACGUCCCUUAGUGAGUGGGGCCACCAGUGUCCACCUCUGCUCGUCUGGAGGCCACCAAGUGCCCAGGGCCCCAGGAAUGGGGCCUGCCCUUGGCACCGGCCUCUGAGGGUUUGCAGGCCAGACCCCGCCCGCAGUGGCGCAGGAGGCGGGGAGACCGCAGCCGCUCAAGGCAGCUCUCUGGGCAGCGCCUCCGCACGGCUGGGUUUGCAGGGUGCUGACCCCAGUGAUCUGCCCCCUCCACUUUCCAUGGGGCCUGGGACUCCACUGUCACCCACCCUGGGUCUGGGGAGCGGGCAAUGGGCGCACGUUAGGCCUCUGGGAUUUGGGGGUGAAUUGGAUGGAGGCUUUCCUUCCCCAAAGGGGGGGCCCUAGAAGAUUCGGGCAUCCACUCAUGCACCCACGGACCCCACAGCAGUGGCGAGGGGCAGGGCCGGGCCGGAGAAUGCUGCCCCGACCACUCCUGGGGCUGCUCGGCUGGGCUGCCUCCGCCCUCCCGCGCAUGCCCAGGCAGCCCGCACCACUCAGCCAGGCCUCUGUCUCUGUGGGGUCCUCCGUGCACCCUUGCCCGGCCGGCCGAGAUUCCUCCUGGGGUCCGUCACCCUGGUCACUGUGUCACCCUUGCUUGACCAUCGGUCUCUGGACUGAGAGCUCCUUCUCCCUGGGCCCCGUGCACACCUCGGAGCCUGGCACAGGCCUGAUCAACAGGGAGCUGGUGCGCAAAGUUGGCAGGAAGGCGCGGCUGGUGGUGCACGACAGCAUGGAGCGCGACGUGGGCCUGCUGCGCCUCUACCCCGGCAUCCCCGCCUCCCUGGUUCGGGCCUUCCUGCAGCCCCCCAUGAAGGGCCUCGUCAUGGAGACCUUCGGCUCGGGGAACGGGCCCACCAAGCCGGACCUGCUGCGGGAGCUGAGGGCGGCGGCUGAGCGCGGCCUGGUCAUCGUCAACUGCACCCACUGCCUUCAGGGGACAGUGACCUCGGACUACGCAACCGGCAUGGCCAUGGCAGGAGCCGGCAUCGUCUCGGGCCUCGACAUGACAUCGGAGGCCGCCCUGGCCAAGCUGUCGUAUGUGCUGGGCCAGCCGGGGCUGAGCCUGGACGACAGGAAGGAGCUGCUGGCCAAGGACCUCCGUGGGGAGAUGACGCCGCCCACAGCUGACGAGCGCCGGCCCUCGCUGCUGGGCAGUACGUGGGGCAGAGGGGUCGCCUGGCUCCUCGGUCUGAGUGGCAGCCAGGAGGCAGACGCUGUGCUCGAUGCCCUGAUGCCCAGCCUGGCCUGUGCUGCAGCCCACGCCGGUGACCUAGAGGCUCUGCAGGUGCUUGCGGCGCAGGGCAGUGACCUGAGCCUGGAGGACUUCCGGGGUCAAACCCCGCUGCAUGCGGCCGCCCGGGGGGGCCGUGCCAGGGUGGUCGGCAUGUUGCUGCAGAGAGGUGUGGACGUGAACGCGCGUGACGAGGACGGCCUCAGCCCACUGCUGCUGGCCGUGCGGGGCAGGCACCUGGGUGUCAUUGGCCUGCUGCGGGCGGCCGGGGCCUGCCUGUCUGCCCAGGAGCUGGAGGACCUGGGGACGGAGCUGUGCAGGCUGGCUGCCCGGGCGGACGGCGACGGCUUGCGGGCGUGGUGGCAGGCAGGGGCCGACCUGCAGCGGUCGGGCUAUGACGGGCGCAGCGCCCUGCAUGUCGCAGAAGCAGCUGGGAACCUGGAAGUGGUGGCCUUUCUACAGAGCCUUGCAGUGGGGGUCACUGCUGAGGCCCCAGGGCCGAGAGGUUGCCCUGUGACGGACCAGACCUGAGCAUCGGAGAGCCCCGGCCACGCUCCAGACGCUUCCCCGGCUCGCCCAGCGCACCCGCCCCAGCGGGCAGGGGUUUGGGUGCUUCCACCUGCUCCCAGGCUGCGCUCCCAGG